AGAGAGAGAGAGAGAGAGAGAGAGAGGUGGACGAAGGAGAGAAAGUAGAUGAUUGUGUCUGUGUGCUGCUGAUUAGCUAGAAUUGAACUGCCGGUGGGCAAUUCAAAUGGCUCGUACUAGUGUGCUGUCCCUCUCAAUAUGCUCAACCCCUCCCUCAUCAUCCUCCCUUACUCAGUGCCUGUCCCUUUCUCAUAGUAGGAAAUGCCAGUCGUCUUCACACUCUGGGGUGUCAUACAGGCUUCGACAUCACCAUGGCCAUCUUUGUAGAGGUGCCAAGAAAUCCGAAGCAAUUCCUCCUGCGCGCCCUCUUAUGCCUAGGGCAUUGUCUGCAGAGGACAUGUUUCCAGAGUCACCAGAUUCGACAAGGCCCAGCCAACGGUUACCGGAUAUAGGGCCUCUUAUUCCACCAGAGUUUGAAAAUGAGGUAGUAGUGGUAAAUGUAGAGAAACCUACACGGGAUGGUGUGCAGAGUAAGUCGUUGAGAUUUCGGCUUGACUCGACAGUAGCUGUCGCCAUCACUGCGCAGGCAGCAUGGGAGUUUCUCACCCUCGCUUUCAAAGUGCUUUUCUGCAUCAAAGUCGCACUGCAGACGGUUUUCGAAGUAACGAAAUGUGUGCUUCAAGGAUGGAUCGGCAUCAUUCCUCUCGGGUUUGCGACGGGCGUUGCACUUGCACGUAUAAUGGCCGGGGUUAGGGACGAAGAGGGUGUGCUCGAAGCGGAGGAAGACAACCGACCAAAAGAUCCGCGUACGCUUUACGUCCCUCCGAAGCUGCAGGUAUGGCUCUUCAGUCUUGGCAUCGCCUUUUGGGCCCUGAAGUUCUUAGGCCCAAUGUCCGGUGGACAUUUCGGGUACUUUGUGGCACAUGUUGGCACGGGGGGUCUGUGGGAGUUAUAUGCCCUCUUUCGGGGUGUUGUGCAUGGCGGGCAGGCAGGUCCACCCUCUGAGAUGGCAGUUAGGAAGGCUAUGGGAAUAUAGGCGGCCCACAAGUCUCGUCUUUCUCCGACGACUACCGAACGUGCCCUUCCAGCACAUCCGGAUGUGCAUCAUCGGUCUGACACGGCGAAGAAAGGUAGUAGGUGAUCGUAGGAACGAUACAGAGAAAGAAGAUAAUUUAGCAUCGCCACUGCGCAAGAGGAUGACACGUAUAAGUUGAGAUAAACCGUCCAAAUUUUUGUUGCUUGAGUUCCGAGUUGUCGCUCCCGCGGCAAGAAAGUAGUGGUCAUAUUGAUCUACAAGUGGGCAGCUCACACUGAUCGUAUCCUUAGCGCAUUUCACAGGGGGACUAGAACCAACCUAACCCCUCUUUUUGAUGCGCAUUGCACAGGGGGACUAGAAACUGACCCCUCUUUUCUUUGCGCAUUUCACGGGGGGGGGACUAGAAACUGAUCCCCUCUUUUCUAUGCGCAUUUCACAGGGGGGGGGGGGGCCUAGAAACUGACCCCUCUUUCUGAUUUUUCUACAAGGUGGAGGAGGAUUUGUGUAUUAGUUCCAGCUGUGCGUGAACGGAGAGAGUGGUUUCUGUUGGUCGGAACGCGUUGCAACUUGCAUCCCCUUCGGUGCGCUUUGACAGCGAAAGUCUUUUCGAGAACUGGUAAGGUGUUUCGAACCUUGGGCGCUUUGGAGAAAUUUGGACGCGAGAUUUUGUUUUCAAACUCAGUUUUGUGUAAUUCUGUUGAUGGUGUAUGGAUGGUGUAGGAAUUGCAGCACACCAUGCGUCAGAUCUCUCAGGGGAUGCGAAUGCGAAAAGCAAUUGACGUUUCUCUUUCACUUUUAAGUGCCUUGUUACAGGGUCUUGGUGCUUCAAUUGCUCGCCGAGGAGUUUGAUCCUUGAACCUCAUGAUGCUUUGGUAAGGCACCAAAAAAAAAAGAAAAAAAAAGAUUCGUUCAAAAUUUUGAACCAGACGGAAUGUACUUGGGCUGCAUCACAGUCUGAAGUACAUGUAAAAUGUUCUGUAGUGGAUCGACUGCCAUAUCUUGGAGAACCAACAUUGUUGUUAAACCACCAGUGCUUCACCCAUACAUUGGCUGCAGUGAAAAAAAUAGAGCCUUGAUGUUUCCACUCCAAUGAAUUUGGACCAGAGCC